GUGAACAACGACAACUUCGGCUACGAGUACAAGGAGAAGGCAAUCAGGAAAAGGCUUUCGAAGGAGCAGAGCUAUAAAAAUUUGGACAGUCAAAACGGGAUGAGCAAAUGGACAUGCAGGGACAAAGUCCCCUUUAACUGUGCAAUUUGGCGAUUUGAAGAUGAUUGGGAAGGUUACAAAUGCAGCAAAUCUGAGAGGGGGCGAUUGAACACUGUGUGCAAACACAACUUGGAGGAUUUUUUAAACCAUGAAGACCAGAAGCGGCGCCACAGAGUCCCCAUGCUGUGGCUGCACGAUAGUACGGCGGCCUAUUCGACUUCAAAAACAAUAGGCGAAGGAAUACAACAUAAAUGA